AUGAUCCCUGAUGUGCCUAUGCUGCACGGCAGGGGCGGUCUCUUUGUUUGGUUGGAUUCUGCUCUGGCUGCUCGCCCUUUCACGGAUGAUUUGGCAAUUCUGAGUUAUAUCCAGGCUCGAUUUCCUGAUGAUGUCCAGUCACUCAUUGUGUCCCUAUUGACCACUUCAUUCGAUGUUCUGACCAACGCCAUGCUGAGAAAAGAAUCUCGACAAAACGUGAAGAUCAUACGCUCCUUCAUUUGCAAUAAGAUCCCGAUCUUGCUUGUCAUGCUGUCUCAUUCUAUUCUGCCUCCGAUGACGGCCGAAACAUUCAUACAAAUGCCAUUCAUGGCGGGAGGCACAAUCUCCAUGGAUCCAUUACCUCCAAUCUCGGCCGGCGCCACCGAUAUGAACGAAACACUCAAAGCAACUCGUCUGGAAUUCUUUCAAGCUUGUGCAUUGCAUGGCUUGGUCACAGAGAAUGGCAUCGCGACUGUGCUGAAUGGACCCAUCGCGUUGCCUCGCAUAACAAAGCACGUGAAAGAGACUCUUGUGGCGCAGUGCAGCCAUGAUAUCGGCCGGCUAGAACCCCUCAUUGAAGACUUGGACGCCAUGCAAGGUAAUGCUGCAGCGAUUGCAGGCUGUGUGGUCACGAUGGUUUCGAAUCUUUGCAUGGCCAAAGAUACAAUGGCGCUGAAGACUGUGUGCAGCGAACUGCUCAAGAGAAUGCCGUCUACCGACAUAAUCAUGCAAUAUACGCAGCCUUCAACCCUGCUGUUACCCUUGUGUGCGGUGCUCAAUGAAUGGAUCCACGAUCAAGAUCAAUCAGAAUUCACACCAUCGUAUGAAGAGUUUGCAGCUAUCUUGUUGUUCACGCUGGCGGCGAUCCAUCGGUUUGAUCUGAAAGAAUCGGACCUGGGCCUCUUGCCAUCAACUUUCGUGGCCUCUCUCACGGACGAGACUGCCUUUGGGCAUGCAGGACCUGGUUUGAGUGACGAGCAAAAGAAUUACCUUGGCAAAUGGAUCGAGAGCUUGUUCGCACUGGAUGAAUCUGGUGAAGCUAGCGGCAUUCCCGAUGAGGUCAUGAGAUUCUGCUCGCCAACCGCAUUCUACACGCUCGUGCCUACACUUUUCGAACAGAGCGUUCUUGCAUGCCGGACAGGCGCGCUGAGCAUGAAAACCCUUCAAGGCGGAUUAGAGCUUCUUCUUGAGCCUUUUCUACUUCCAUCGCUUAUCAUGGGUCUGGGAUGGCUUGCGAAACAUUCCUGGGAGGAUCAUAAUGAUGCUUCGAUUCUGCUGCAAAUAUUAGACAAACUACUCAAACCGUUGAGCACCUCGCCGGAAGUACAGAGCAUGCAUCGAGCCAUCAUUGCUAUGGUCGCCGAUCCUUUGCUUGAGUCGCUCAGUGUUUUCCGCGGCAAGAAGCCUGAAAACAAGAAAGCUUUGGAAUUGAUCGCUCUGCUUGAGAAGGGCUUAGCCAGGGCAAAGCCGUUGCAAAGGAACUUCUACUGCAACAAGAGCCAGCUCGAGACACUCAUGUCAUACGGAGGAAAGCUUGAUCAAUACGUCACUGCGAGCAUUGAAGGUCUCAUGCAAUGGUCGAUGAAUCCUUCAGACUUUACCAUUACUGCGCCUGUCUUUGGGUACAAGCAAUUCACAACGGCUGUACAAAUCCUCGACGGAGAUAUCCUCCUCGAUGCAAUUCUGCAGCAUUUGCAGAGUCUUCCGCCGUCACAGCUCUCUCUUGCAAUUGACGUAUGUACAGCCAUUGCAUGCGCUCCUCCAUCGAUCCAAUCAGACCCUGCGCAAUUCUCACGGACCCUGGGGGCGACAACGAAAUUGCGCAAUGUCAUCCAGUUGCGCGCAGCCAACGUUCAAGGACUUCUCGACCGGCCUCAAGCAGAAGCAGAAGUCCUAGUGCUCUUAGCAAGGCAAAUACAAAGUCAGCUCGCCGUGGUCCAGGUGCCACCUGCUGCUCUCACGAUGUCCCUAGCAGAGCCCGUGGUCACGAACCAGAUCAUGCAGGAUCUCGGUUUGGAUAUGGCCGAUGAUCUUGCCGUUGCCGCAGCGGUGAACAGUGUAACCUUGGACCCCACCGCGGUCUCUGGCCUGGCGGCGCUUGAUCAUCAUCAACAGCAGCUUGGUCUGUCUGAGCAGACUGCUCAACAGCUGAGUGAUCUCGCGGCGGUACAGGCUGAUUCCAUGGAUAUGGAUCAUACACAAAUCUUUGGUGAUGUCGGCCUUGGCGGGAAUACAGCUCAGCAGGCUGACUUGACGAACACGGCCGAAGAGGACAUCUUUGCGGACUUUGAUCUGGGAGAUCUGGGGGAUGAUUUCAAUUUCGAUGCAUAG